CACAUGAACAACACGAAGCACCAAAGGUGGCCGGUACUGCAUGACCGGCAAUAACACGCUUAAAAGGCUGGUUCUGGGGUUCAAUGGCCCAAUACUGGCGAUAAUACAGCCUGCAAUAAAUGUGGACGCCCUCAGGGCAAUCUCCAAUCCCAAUACCCGUCAGCGCGAUGCUGCCACAAUCCGCGGGGCCGAUGCAGAGUUCAGAUGGGCCAGAUCCGAAGAUAGCGAACCCUCCAGUGGAAUCUGUACCAAUUGAGGAACAAAGAAGAUUGACAGAAAUUGAUGAUGAGCUUGGCUUUGGCAGAUGGUACAAUGGAAUCGAGGGGAACCUACUUGACGCAAGCUACGAUAGCUAUCAAUCAUGCCUGCGUGAGUUGGACGCAGCCAAAGAAGACCUCGAGUCACUCCUAACAGAUACCUCUGCGACGCUGGGGAUUUUAUCGACGCUUUCCGAAUCAUUCCAGGCUGUCGAUUUACAGACAUCCACAUUUCAAAAACAGUGCGAAGGACUAUUGAAUGCGCAGUCACAAAAUACGCGCUUAGCCGACGAUAUUAAAGAUAACCUUGAGUACUAUGAUUUCUUGGACCCAGCAUCUCGGAAGUUGAAUGCUCCCGGUGCGGGCAAAGCAGUCCGCAGGAAAGAAUUCUCAGAUAUGUUGAGAAGACUCGACGAAUGUUUGGAUUACAUGGAAAGCCACCUCGACCAAAAAGAAGCCGACACCUAUCGAUCUAGGUACAGAUUAUUACUCACACGCGCUUUAACGCUCAUUCGGGGACACUUUGUAGCAGCGUUGCGGGAAACGUCAUCUGGUGUUUCAAAAAAGAUAGCCGAUAGGCAACUCAAUGAUACAACUAUGUCAGCAUUGCUAUAUGCCAAGUUCCGCGUUGGAGCGGGUGAAUUGAAACAACUUGGCUUAGAAAUUCAAAAGAGGGCUGUCCCGCCGGUAGACCCUGAACAAGGAACCGAAGCAGAAUACGAGAGCCUCAUGAGCGAGUUGCACACAAGCUUUGCUGCCACUCGUGGAAAGCUCAUCAUACCUCUCGUACGGAAGAAACUUGCUAGUAUUGCUCAAGCCCCCAGUACUUCGAAAGACCUAGUAUCAUUUGCUAGAGCGAGUAUCGGUUAUAUUCGUGGUAUUUGCUUGGAUGAAUUUGACCUUUGGGGGGAAUGGUUUCAUGGCCAAUCGGGACUCUAUGACUUCUUGGAGGCUGUUUGUGAGCCCCUAUAUGACUAUUUAAGACCUAGGAUCAUUCACGAGACGAAACUCAUUAAACUCUGUCAACUAUGCACUUUACUGCAAACCCGCUACCUCUCCGAUCCCGAAGAAGAGACAGAAUACAAUGACCCAAACCAAUUAGAAUUUUCAAUUCUCAUUCAACCGGCCCUGGAAGAUGCUCAGACCCGCUUAGUGUUUCAGGUGCAGGCUAUACUUCGAAACGAAAUUGAAAGAUACCGCCCAAAACCAGAUGAUCUGGACUAUCCACGUCGAAAUCCAAAGCCAUUGAACUCAUCAACGGAUGCCCCAUUAUCAGGUCGUAAGGUUUCUGAACAUCUGCUCCCCAAAACUCCUACUGUUGUAGAUGAGGACACGGACUCGCCCACUGAAAAGGACGCACUCUGGGAUAUCGAUGCGCAAGCCAUGUUUCAGGGCUGGUAUCCCACGUUGCGAAAGGCUAUCUGGCUUCUCAGCCGUAUAUAUCGACUCGUCAAUUCUACGGUGUUUGAUGACCUUGCUCAUCAAAUAGUCCACCAAACGACCGAGUCCCUACACCAAGCGAGUACACAAAUAUCCAGCAAAUCAUCUACGACGGACGGCCAGCUAUUUUUAAUUAAACAUCUCCUUAUUCUCAAGCAGCAAAUAGUUGCUUUCGACAUUGAAUACGUAACCCCUGACAUCUCUUUAGAUUUCUCUGGCGUCACAAAUACAUUCUGGGAAAUCCGUGAGCGCGGUGGUCUUUUCAAUCCCCGAAACUUAAUGCGGCUUGUUGGGGGAGGUCUACUUCCCAGAGUCAUCGAGAAUAUGCUAGACGCAAAAGUUGAGCUAGACGGAAGACUCCGUACAGUUAUCAAUGACUUUACCAACAAUUUCGCUACGCGUAUGACAGCUUCAUUACCUACAAAAUUUAUCGAGAAACGAAAUCUGGGAGAAGGAGGAGUGAUCAGUCCGGUUUGUCGAAACAUCGAAAAAGAAGUCCCAGUCCUUCGCAAAGCUUUGGAUGAUUAUCUUGAAGAUACACGCACAAAAGAGACGCUGGUUGGAGCGGUACAAGACCGUGUAUUGCAAAUCUACGAGGAAUUUUUCGACAGUUACACAGCUUCGGAAAGAAAUAAAGGAAAACCAAUCAGUAAGAAAGGGAAAGGACGCCAGGACGCAGUCUGGGAUGUUAAUACAUUCGGUGAAUGGAGUGAGGAGGUCUUUAGGGUUGGAAUUGCUAGCACGCAGUCCCACGGCGAAUAUGACUCAGAGGAGCCGGGUAAGGAACAGGAUGAUAUCGAAUCUGUUGAAAAUGAGACAACAGUAUCAUCUAGGACAUAGUCUUCUUUAAAAUGAUGUUUGUUAGAUAUGAAAUCUAGUAUCUGUAUAUCCUGCACGAAGUGAAACGUAU